GUGCUCUAUGCGUUCAAGGUCAUCUUUCGUCCCCAGGUUGCUUUGGGCAUGUGCGGUGUGUUGUCAAAGACGGAAUUGAUCAAUGAACUGAGGGGCAUAUAGUGAAGGUAGAUUAGAUCCCGAGGUAUAACUUGCUCGCUAAGAUUAGAAUUGUUCCAUAUUGGAGUAUGCGUUCUGCCGCGACUCUUUCUCUUGUAAUAUUAGAUGAGAACGACAGGUCAUGGGAAGUUUACGUUCUAUACCUCCCAGGUCAUACCUAGCAUGGAGAACACGUGUUGAACAUGCUGGAAUAAGCCCACCUCCACGCCCUUUCAACGCUCUAGUACUUCAUAUCUGAGUGGAGAUGGGUCAAGGAGUAGAUAUCUUUCACAUCCGAACAUCUUGCUGGGCAUGAUAUCUGGAGAGGCGCAAUCGCAGCUCCAUCGCUGCGUCAGUCAGGACGCCUGUCUUUGACUCUGCGGCUACCCGACAUUUGCUAUUAUGUCUUCAACCUCGUUGGUACGUACGAUGGAAGGCUUCAGCGGUCAAGAACGUGACGAAUAUCCAUUUCCCAUCAUGACUGCCCCCGAUACACAUUCGUCGUCCACAGACGACACCCUUCCUCGCACAACGAGUGUUCACACAAAGUCCCAAAGGUCCUCUGCGUCGUCUUGCCACCCUCGCAGAGCCGACCACGAGCGACAACAUUACGAUGGGACGUCUACCAGACUCUUAUCUCGCUUAUAUCCCCGCGAGGAGCGUGAUUCAAAACAAAUUCGGACGUUACUCGUUCUUACAAGUGAUCGUCUCGAGAGCGAGACCCGUCGUGCUGACCAAGCCGAGCAACGGGUUGUUGAGGUGCUUGAAAGACUUCGGACUGCUAACGAAACGAUCUUGACUGUUCGUGCGGAAGCCGCUCGCGCAAACGAGGAACUUCGACUGUACAAACUGCAACUAGAGACCGCACAGCGCGAGAUUCUUCGAGCCCAAGACAUUGUUGAUCAAUUGGAACAAGAGAAGCAGGAUGCCGAGGCUAGAGCUGCCCGAGCAAGGACGACUGCGAGAAAACUGCGCGAAGACAACAUCAUUGUGAGGGCUCGAGAGGAAGGUCGACGAGAGGGGUAUGAGGAAGGUUACUACCGAGGGAAAACAAUGGGCUACUAUGAGUCGCAACCUCGUACGCGUAUGCCUGAUCGUGUGAUUAUGCAGCCACCAGCAGCUAUAAUAGACGACAGUGUCUCGGACGAUGAGCAGCCUGAGCCAAUAUACGUCCGCGCUAGUACUGCGGGUUCGCCUCCUCGCAGGACGCCACCACCACCUACGACAUACUCCCCCCAUCCUCGUCCGAGGUCUAAUACUACGUCAUCGCGUAACAAUCCAAGGUCGACCACGCCGCGACAUGUCAAUGAGGCUUCACAUCACGCACCAAUUUUACCCGUUCCUACUAUGACCACCCCCGUCAACGCUCCGUCUCCAUUCCAUGCUCCCUCCUCGCCGAGCCCCGUAUCGAAUGUCAAUCAGCAAUAUCGGCGAUCUGACGGAGAUCCUGUUCCUAUUCCUAUUCGCAAUGUCGCUCCAUCGCCAAUUCAUCCCCCAGUCGAGGUGCCUCCAGACAAUUUCAUUCCAUAUGCCGACCGAGACGAGACAAUAUCAAUCCCUCCGCCUCAUGAGUUCCAGAGAUCUCCCACACCCAUCGAACGAUCACCUUCUGUCGCGGAGUCUACUCUACCCAGGGUGCCGGAACCGAACGCUGCCUCAAUUCGCUCUAGAGACUUUGCGUAUGAUUCUGCAAGAGAUCAUGAAGCUAUAGGUCAUCCGGUCUAUGGUAUCGGUUCCCCGCAAUCUCGUACAUCUACUCACAUUUCGCAAUUCGAAAUAAUCGCUCCGCCUAGGUCAAGUUCGACUGUAAAUGAAAGACGGCAUCGCGACGAUUUCCAGCAAGGAAGUAGUUAUCGAUCCCAGUCUUCGGCAAGUGGGCCACGACGUCCCAUGACGCCCGUCAGGACACCUUCACGGAUGGACCGUGACAUACGUUCACCUAGAGGCCCGCGCGAUCAGAAUGAACCUUCCCUCCUUAGCUCGUCCUCUGGCACACCAGAAUCAGGAAGUCGCAAGAGAACGGACUCCGGAAAUCGUAGUCCGCUGGAACGUCUCUUCAAGAAACGUUUCCGAAACAAGCGUUCGCCAACUGAACAGGAACGCGGAUCCCUGGUCCCAGAGAUCAAGGUGGAAUCUCCGUCGACGCCUGCGUCUUCUCGAGGAUCCAGUCAGAGGACAACCAAUAUACCUCAUCUGCUCAGCCCGGAUCAUGCCAAUCGACCACUUCCUAUCCAAGUUGAGCCCGUUCUAGCGAUGCACUUCGAAGCACCGAAGUUUGUCAUGGACAAGAGUCAGAUCCCCGAAGUGGAUACCCUCCCACCGAACUUCAUGCCCACUUCUUUUUCACCAAAACCGGGCACCCCACCAACACCUCCUGACGUUAUGGAAGGUAACUCAAUUCGUCGCUCACCAUCACCUCCUAGGACACCCUAUGAUCCUGCUCCUGUUCCUCCCUCUGUCGUCUACCCCGAUCCUCCUAUACGAUCUAUGACUCCACACACACCUUCAUCUCCUCCCAACAGGACUUCGAGCCGAGCUCGUUCAAGAAAUGGAAGUAUUGCAGAGCGUUUGUCGCCAUUAUCUUUCGGACAACCCUUCGCUUCCUUCACGCCUUCGGACGAUUGAGAACGCUCGUAGAUCAUCCUCAUGCUAUUCACUUCUGUCUAUUUGCACACUCAUGCUGGCAUGUCUUCUCCCUCUCUCCCGGACUGCUCUGCACAUCUCUAUCCCACUGACUCUGUCGCACUUUGGUUUACUCGUCCUGCUGCUAUCUUCGUCUGUACUACAAUGGCAUCUGUAUCACCUCAACACACUAAAACUUGUACUUGUAUCAAUGUAUGGCCUUCGCCUUCACUGACAGAGCAUGGUCGAUUGGUGCCUUCUUGGCUUGACUUGGAACAUGCUUACGUUGAGGCGCUCCAAACGCGCCCAGGUAAAACCUUGAUAUGUCCGAAACAUAUUGACCUUGUGCCCACGCCUGGCUUUGCUAACGAGGUCUUCAUCAUUUCUAGGAACGCACCUAAGCCGGUGGAAUCAUGUUAACAUCUGCUCACUACCUUUCAAAUUUUAGCGGCCAAGCUGUUUACAGGACCAGCACCAUACCUUCGUUUGCUCCGAAUCUCACUUGGAAUCGUGAGAAAUGCGCCGAAGACUUCAUAACCUAAGCCUCUCGAGGAAGCAAUCAAACAUCCUCUAUAGA